AUGGCACCUAAUAAACUGGAACCAUAUGCAGCACAAAUUAGUUCAAAUAUUUUCAAACUGACCAAUUCCUCACCAAUUCCAUUUGAAAUGACAUCGAUUUUUGGUUCAUUCAAUCAAGCAGCAUUACUUCGUUUCUUCGAACAACAUCAAACAUUAGGAGUUGAUAUCGCUCCAUUCGUAUUUGGGAUGCUCGGACAUGCCGCUAUGAUGCUUGAUGGAGUGGAAGUUUUCAAUCCUGAUGGCACCGAUGAUGAUGAUGAUUAUCGAUCUUCGUUCAAUAAUAAUAUGAAAGCAAAAGAAUCUAUCGAAAUACCUGAAAUUGACAUCUCGGAUGAAGUAGAUGUGAAUACUAAUACGUUGCAAGUUGAUCAAUAUUCUAACGAGCCUUCAUGUGAACAUGAUUGUGUUGAACCCGGUACUACACAAUCAUCGAUAACUAUAUAUGAUAAUAAAUGUGAUAAAUCUACAUCAAUGGUAUCAUCGGAAUCUUCUUCUUCAGCUGAUGAAGAUGAAGAAUCGUUCGUUUCAAAUCUAUCACUAUCAUCAAAGCGUCGAACCUCGUCAACAUUGUCAAACAGUCAACUGAUGAAAGAAAAUCUUUAUUUGAAGAAAAAAUUAACGUUUUACGAACAAAAUUAUGUGCCAAGACCGAAUGGUGAAGUAGCAGAUUAUCUGCGUACUCUGAUCGAAAGAUCAGAUGCCUUGUUACCAACUGAAGCAAGUGCCAACGAGCAGCAAUCCUAA